UUUUGCUAUGAGGACCUCUUUCUUCUGUACCAUGUUCUUGUUCAUCACCUUACUGAAUUUAGGUUCAGCAACUCUCCAAGUGGGAUUCUACCGCUCCACUUGCCCGUCUGCAGAGUCAGUCAUCCGGAAAACCGUGAACAAAGCGGUGGCCAUAAAUCCCGGCAUCGGGGCUGGGCUUAUUAGAAUGCACUUCCAUGAUUGCUUUGUUCGGGGUUGCGAUGCUUCGGUCUUGCUGGAUUCGACCCCAGGCAACCCAUCAGAGAAGGAACAUCCCGCGAACAACCCGAGCUUACGAGGGUUUGAAGUCAUCGAUGAGGCGAAGUCUGAGCUAGAGUCUCUAUGCCCACAGAAGGUCUCGUGCGCCGACAUUCUCGCAUUCGCAGCACGCGACAGUGCGUACAAACUCGGCAGCAUCAACUAUGCGGUCCCGGCAGGUCGCCGCGAUGGGCUAGUCUCACUCAAAGACGAGCCCUCCCAGAAUCUUCCUCCUCCUUUCUUUGAUGCUCAACAAUUAGAGGCUAAUUUUGCAAGAAAAGGCCUCUCCCUGGACGAUAUGGUGACACUAUCCGGAGCGCAUUCGAUUGGAGUCUCGCAUUGCUCCUCCUUCUCGAACCGCUUGUACUCCUUCAAUGCCACUCACACACAAGACCCUUCAAUGGACGCCAAGUUGGCUACUGAACUUAAAGCUAAGUGUCCGAACAACGGAGGCACUAGCGAUCCCACGGUGCCAUUGGACUUGGUCACACCGAACAGGCUAGAUAACAAGUACUACAGUAACUUGAAGAACCACCGAGGCCUAUUGACUUCUGAUCAGACCCUCUUUAACAGCCCUUCAACGGCUAAUACCGUGAGGAGCAAUGCAAACAACGGCGGAGCAUGGGCUAACAAGUUUGCGGCGGCAAUGGUGAAGAUGGGAUCGAUCGAUGUCCUCACCGGGAGCCAGGGUGAGAUUAGGAGGAAUUGCCGGGUGGUGAACUAGACAAGGACCA